CUCUCUGCUCUCAGCUCUCCUUUCCCUCUUACUUUGCCUAUUCUUUCCCUCCUUUCCCCUCUUCCCCUCUUCCCCUCUACCCCUCCUUCUCUCCUCUAUCCCUACUCUUCCUUCAUUUCUCAUUCUCUUCUCUCUUCUGCUCUUCUCGAGCUCCUCUCCCUCUUCUCCCUCUUCUCCCUCCUGUUCUCCAUCCUUCUCUAUGCACUACCCACCUUCUCCUCGAUUCUCCUUCUUACGCUGACAUUUACUCCGGCAAAUGGCCGAUUUAACGCUCUCUCUCGCUUCUCACACUAUGUGUACUCCCUUUCUACCUCAUUGGAGCUACCUGGUAAUCCACUCGGUCGCCACAGCCUCGGUUGCCUCUGGUCGUUAAUGCCUCUUCAGUGCUAUGCGGACAUCCGGUACGUUGACUUGCCACCUUUGUUUCAUUUACCACUUGGUGCUUUGCGACCAUCCGCCAGGCGGACUCAUACUUCACUAACAAUAUCCAGGAGAGAGGAUCAGGGCAUCCUAGCGCACAUUUCAUGUCAAAAGCUGGUAUAA